GGGAAGUACCGCGAAAUGCCGCCUCUGCUGAGGGGCACCGCCCGAGUGCCCCGGUACCGCCCCGAGGAGGGUACCGCGGCGUGCCGGGAAGUGCCAGGCACGAGGAGGGGCACCGCCCGAGUACCACCCCCGGGGAGUGGUACCACCCGAGUACCACCCAAAUACCACCCCCGAGGAGUGGUACCACCCAAAUACCACACGAGUACCACCCCCGAGGAGAGGUACCACCCAAGUACCACCCCCGGGGAGUGGUACCACCCGAGUACCACCCAAAUACCACCCCCGAGGAGUGGUACCACCCAAAUACCACACGAGUACCACCCCCGAGGAGAGGUACCACCCAAGUACCACCCCCGGGGAGGAGUACCACCCGAGUACCACCCAAAUACCACCCCCGAGGAGUGGUACCACCCAAAUACCACACGAGUACCACCCCCGAGGAGAGGUACCACCCAAGUACCACCCCUAGGGAGGGGUACUGCCCAAGUACCACCCAAGUACCGCCCCCGAGGAGGAGUACCGCCUGAAUACCACCCCCAAGGAGGAGUACCGCCCAGGUACCACCCAAGUACCGCCCAGGUACCACCCAAGUACCACCCCCGAGGAGGAGUACCGCCCGAGUACCACCCAGGUACCGCCCAAGUACCGCCCAGGUACCGCCCAAGCACCACCCCCGAGGAGGAGUACCGCCGAGCACCACCCCGGGAAGGAGCCCCCCCGGCACCCCUCUCCAGGAGCACCCCCAAACGCUCGCCCUGGAGCCCAGGUACCGCCGCGCGCCGCCCCGGGGAAGUACCAUCGGAGGUCGUGGCCGUCUCCGCGAUGCGGCCGGGCCCCGUCGCCCUCCUGACCGCCGCCGCCGCGCUGCUGCUGCCCGCCGCGGCCUACAUCCACGCGGUGCUGGACCCCAACGCCACCAUGGAGUUCUCGGACCUUCCGGCGCUCUUCGGCGCCCCGCUGCCUCGCGAAGGCCUCCUGGGCUUCGUGGUGGAGGCGCGGCCCAGCAACGCCUGCCGGCCCAUCGCCCCGGCGCCCGGCGCCAACGGCAGCGUCUUCAUCGCCCUGGUGCGCCGCUACGACUGCGACUUCGACGUCAAGGUGCUGCACGCGCAGCAGGCUGGCUUCGGUGCCGCCGUGGUGCACAACGUGGACUCGGAGAAGCUGCUCAACAUGGUCUGGAACGACGAGCGGCUGCGGGAGCGGAUCGCCAUCCCGGCCGUGUUCGUGGGGCAGCGCGCCGCCGCCUUCCUCCGCGACACCUUCAGCUACGCCCGCGGGGCCCACGUCGUCCUCGUCCCCGAGUACGUCUUCCCCCUGGGCUACUACCUGGUGCCCUUCACCGGCGUCGUGGGCGUCGUCGUGGCCGUCAUGUGCACCGUGCUGGUCGUGCGCUGCCUCCAGCACCGCAAGCGGCUGCGGCGGAACCGGCUGUCGCAGGAGCAGCUCAGCAAGAUCCCGGUGCACCGGUACCGGAAAGGGGACGAGUACGAGGUCUGCGCCAUCUGCCUGGACGAGUACGAGGAGGGCGACCGGCUGCGGGUGCUGCCCUGCGCCCACGCCUUCCACAGCCGCUGCGUGGACCCCUGGCUGACCCGCACCCGCCGCACCUGCCCCGUCUGCAAGCAGCGGGUGCCGCCGGGCGCCGAGGAGGCGGCACCCGAGGGCGACGCGGGGGCGGGGGGGGCGGCGGGGGGGCCCCCCCUGGGUGCUGCCUCCGAGCGCACCCCGCUGCUGCCCCCCGCCCCCAUCUGACCCGGACGCCGGGGCCCCUCUGCGCCCCCCCCACCCCCCAAAUAAAGGCUCGUGGCCAACUCG